AAAAUGUCAACAUCCUUGUUAUUGUUGGUGGAUCAAUUGACAACAUUUUACGGAAAGAAACUUUUAAACGAUCAUUAUGCUCUCACCUAUUUAGAUAAUAAUUACUAUUCAUUGGCUUUCAUUGGAGUCAUGUUAUGUUUGGUGUGGGGAGUUUUAAUUACUGCGCCAAUUCAUAUCAUUUCUUGGGUUUUGUAUUUUGUGGGUGCUAGGAAAUCAUCAUCAUUAAAUUCAUCAUCUUUUGGAAUUGAUGAUGAUGAUGAGGAGGAUGUUGUUGGAAGUUCUGGUUUUGGUGGUCAGAAACAACCUUCCCUAAAGAAACAAAUUGAAAAGAGUAGAAAAUUCGGAAAGGUUUUUAAUGUCUUGACAAGUGUUUCAUCAUUUGUUUGGUGUUUGUUUGCUUCUUACUUUUUGGUGCUUGUUUCUACAUUUUCUAGAGCUCAUUAUAUUUUGACAGCUUUGGUGAUUACUAUUAUGUGGUCUGUUUGGUUGAUUAAUAGUUUUGUUUUGGAUUUAAAGUGGAUUAUUGUUAUGAUUUAUUAUAGACUUGUCAAGAAGGUUGAUUUGACAAGUGUCAGCACAUCAUCUAGUCAAAUGAUUCAAGAAUCACAAGAAUUGGCUGAUGAUGGUGAAGCACUUUUGGAAGAUAACUCUUCUGGUUUACAAAGAAGACCACAAUCUUCAUCAAAAUUAGAUCCAAAGAAAGCAGUUACUGUUACUCGUUCCUUGCUUUUGGAUUCAUCAAAACCAUACAUUUCUAGAAAGCCAAUUCUUGCUGUCAUUUUGAUUGUUAUUGCUACUACAAUUAUUCUCAUUGUUUCUGUCAUGACAACUUUCAUCUUUGCUGAUAUUUGUAUUGCCUAUGAUCCUAUUGAAAUUUCUACACAUUUCACUCGUACUGUCUUGUCAAAUGGCAAGUGUGAAAGAGAUACUGUCUGUUAUUCUUAUUUGACAGUUCCAGAAAAGAUGGAUCAUCAAAUGAUUGUCAAUUUCCAACUCUAUACUUAUGAAUUCUAUAAGGGCUUUGUUGAAUAUAAGAGAUUCGAUCCAGCUGAUGAAGAUUUUGAUCCAAAAGAUGUUGAAUUCAAUGAAUAUCAUCAAGCCAGUUGCUUUAAAUUGGAUAAUAUUGAAGAAGAAAGCAGAUAUCAAUGUUUUGCUGAAUUGACUGAUUUGAAACCUGGUUCUUCUUAUAUUCUUCGUGCUGGUUAUUCUGCAUCUGAAAGUACUGAUGCUCAUGAUUUCCACUACGAUAAUGAAUAUCUCAAAUUUAGAACAAUUCCAUCAGAGGAUGAUUCCUCCAAGAUUGUUUCAUUCAUUAAUGGAGGUGAUUUGGCAUGGAGAGGACCAACCUAUGCUCUCUCCAAAGCUGUCAAUACUUUGGGAUAUGGAAAUGUAGAUAAUGCUCCAUAUUUCGCUAUUGUUGGUGGUGAUAUUGCCUAUGAAAAUGGAUGUGCCUACUGUUAUAGAAGAUGGGACGAUUGGUUCUUGAAUUGGAAUAAGUUUAUGAAGACAACUGUUCAAUACGAUUCUGAUAAUUCUACCAUUCAUCAAUAUACACUUCCAAUUUUGACAACUGUUGGUAAUCAUGAAGGUGGUAAUUUCAAGAGACCUAGAUCAGAUGAUGCAUUCUAUAUUAGAUUAUUCCCAAUGUCAAUUAGUGGAGCAACUGAAAAGAUUGUUUCUGAUCCACAAACUACAAGAAAAUUGCAACACGUCCACUAUCUCUCCAAGCAUACCAUGAUUGUUGCAUUGGACAGUUGGGUUCACGAAUCUCCACAAGACCAAAUUGAAUACUUGACCAAUCUCUUUGAAAAAUCAGUCACUGCAGGAACCUACAAGAAUCGUUUCAUUAUUAUUCACCAUCCAAUGUAUACUUCAGGUAGUGUUGGAGACAUUGAUAAGGAAAUGAUUGCCAAAUGGGAAUCCCUCUUCCAAAAGUAUGGUAUUACAGCAGUUUUUGAAAAUCACGUUCAUACCUACAAGCAAACUUAUCCAAUUCGUGAUGGUAAGGUUGUAACAAAGACCAGUGAACAAACUGAUUCAACAUCUGUUGCAUUCAGUUACAAGAGAGAAUCUGCUGACAAUAGCAAGGACGGAAUUAUGUAUUUCGGAGAUGGAAGUUGGGGAGUUACCUAUUGGAAUGCUUCCUUGAGAAAGAGCAGUGGACUCUUCAGACAAAUUGGAGUUUUGAGUCAUGUCUAUCAUGUCAAAUGUAGAUCAUUAUCGAAUGCUAUUUCAUUCACUGAAUUGUAUGCUCUUGGAUAUAAUUCUACAACUGGAGCUGUUUCUGAAUUUGGUAAAUCUCGUGUCAGAAUUGAAGUUCACUAAACAUAAUCUGAAUUGUACAUAUUAUUUAAUUAUACAAUUAUUAUUAAUUAAUACAAUUAAUACACACAUUAUUUAUUAGAA